AUGCCCUUAGUCGUGCGAAACGACAGGUGGCUGGAGAAGAUACCCCUUGGGGCUUUCCUUGCAUGCAGCGCUCCUCGGCUGCCUCUCGCAGACAUUCUCCCUAGAGCAGCAGCAGCAGCAGAGAGGCAGCAGCAGCAAAGUGCAGCAGCAACACGUAGCAGCAGCAGCAGCAGCAGCAGUCACGUGGGCAACGAGACGUCCGAGGUCUUCAAUGGAGCCAUUGAUGCAGCUGCUAACUUGCAGCAGCAACAACAACAACAGCAGCAGCAGCAGCAGGAGUACGAGCAGGAGCUGGGUGUAGGGGGUGGAGCAGCAACAGCAGCAGAUAUCGGCUACGCUUUGCUGCAAUCAUUAGACUUUGUGCUGCUGUCGCGGUGUCUGCGCUGCUGCUGCCAAAUAGGGGGGCGCGACCAGUGGAAGAACAUAUCGACAGGCCUCCACGUGGCUCGCCGUCUGCUGCAGCAGCAACAGCAGCAGCAGCAGCAGCAGCAGCAGCAGCAGCCGCAACAGCAACAGCAACAGCAACAACAGGAACAGCCUCAACAGCACGAGCCGCAGCAGCAGCAGCACGAACACCAGCAACAGCAUCAACACCAGCAGCGGCCACAGCAACACCACCAGCAGCAGCCACAGCCAGAGCAACAGCAGCAACAGCAGCAGCAGGUGCAGCAGCAGGUGCAGCAGCAGCAGCAGCAGCUGGUAGGAUUAACAACGGAGUUGUUAGAAGACAAUCGGGAUUUGGCUGACGAGCUUACCCUUCUCGUGCACGGGGAGGAGGGCCUGCAGCGCGCUCAUGCCUCGCUCUCUUUCCUUUCACGCCGCAGCAGCAGCAGCAGCAACAGCAGCAGCAGCAGCAGCAACAGCAGCAACAGCAGCAGCAGCACGGCUGGAACGGAUGACGUCCAGAAGGCGUUGCCGCUGCUGCCUACUCACUUUAUAUCCUCCUCAGAGUUUUCUCAGGAGACAGGGCCUCCUUUAAGCAGAGUGCUGCGGUUUGUUUGUCUGUCUCCUUCUGCUCUUGAGGCCUCGCGGCUGAUUAAAGAAGGCGGAGUUCGUCUAAAUGGAGACAGAGUCUUAGACCCCACACGUCGUCUGCUGCUCUCUGACUUCAAGCUGCCGCAGCAGCAGCAGCAGCAGCAGCAGCAGAAGGGAGCAGCAGCAGUAGCAGUGCUGACUGUGGGGAAGAGUCGCCUAGCAGCGCUGGCUUUAAAGACAGCGCAAACGGAAGAAGUUUAA